UUGCUUCCUUGUCAACUCAAACCCACCCACUACCUACCCUACCAGCGCAGGCGAAACCUCUCCAUACCUUGCGCACCAAGUGUACCCUGACUGGUAAUUGUUUAUUCCAGAAGAGGGAAGCAACCACGCUAUCCAUACGGAUGUCCAACUAUUCCCCCAUUGGCAAUUAUUCUAGACCUUGACCAGAUUGGAGACCACCGUGUGGAGAAUUGAUACCAGAAGCAGCUGCGUCUCGUUGGGAAUACAUCCAAGUCGAAUGUCAUUGCGUAGAGGAAAUGAAUGGAUGAAACGUGAUCAGCUUUUAAUAUGAUGCCUGACUCUCGUCCUUAUGAAACAGUGACUGCCCGGAUGAGAUUGAAAAGGGAGUGUCUCUGGAUGUACUGGUGCUGAUUCAAGUUCUACAGUAUAGUACAGCUUCUACUAAACUCUCCGACAAGAUUGGCUGAUAUUCAGUCCAUCUCAAGUGCUUUUAUAAUCAGGAUACACUGGCUUCUAUCAUUAUAUCUCUUCUAUUCCAUCAAACCUAUCACGAUGGCCUCACAAUUAAACUUGGAGUGCCCCUCAUCCCAUGACAUAUACUUCAACCUCAAGGGAGAAGCCUUCUCACAACCUAUAUUUGCAUCGGUGCUCCUUCGGAAAUCCACAGACACGGACCUUAUAGGCGCAAAUCAAGUACGGGUCUCUCUUGUUCGGGUGUUGUCAGGCAAAACAAGUCCAAACCCAGUCAACCGCGGCGAGCCUUUCUUAAAGCAAUUUUGUCGCCUGCUGUCGUCAAAGACAUCAUCCACCCUGUCUGAAACGGCACAGUCAUGCCAGGUUAUAGAAGAGCUGAUGCUAUGUGUCCCGACUCUUGCCACCGAAAGCCAGGUUGGCUAUUCUCCACCCGAUGGCAACGUCUACAAAAUCCCUUUCCACAUGCCCAUCAAACCCAACAUCCCCGCAAGUGCCGCCACAGACUUGGGUAAAAUAUCAUAUUUCCUUGCCGCUUCCGUUGUCACGACAAAUGGAAAUGUCCUUGGAACAAGCAAAGAGAUGAGGAUUAUUCGGCAGCUGAUUCCCGACUGCAAUACCGAUAUUCAGCAUACACGCAAGUACCCGAAUGCGGCCGUUGUGUCUCAGAUCAGCCUCACACAGCAAGUUGACGCGACAGACAACUCGAAGGUCUCUCUUCACACAAAGGUUUCCCUCAGAACACCACGUUCUCCCAUCAAUCGCUCAACAGAGUUCAAAUGUGUGGCAAUACGGGGAAUCCGUUGGCGUGUGGAAGAGAUAACCAAGCUCUUUAUCCCAUCAGAAGGUCCACUUCAACCCGAGAAUAAUAACUGCCCGGCGAAUCAACCGACUGAAAACCAAUCCACUGCCCGUGAACUAUGCAAUGGAUUCCAGAAGGGAUACUGGGGUACUUUACAAAAUCCCAUCGUCAAGGAACGUCACCCAUCAGAGUCCAACCCUGACUCUCCCAUCGAGAUUAAAUUCGAUAUCCGUAUUCCCAAAGAUGUGACACUGACACCGGAAGUCUGUCUAUCCAACUAUACCGCCGAACCUAUACCAGCACACUCUCUUCCACCAUCACUUCAACGACGACUUUCUCCCACAACGCCAGAGAGCGUAAUGCUCACCGUUGAGCAUCGUCUCCGAUUCAAUCUCUUAACCAGUGAGGACACAUUCGACGUUGACAAUCGCAACUUGGUUGAUCGCAAACCAUUAAGAACCGUCUUGGAUGUGUCAUUCCCUCUGUACCUCUACAAAGUAGCUCGUGGUCGCAUUGAAGAGUCUGUCCGCGAGGGGAAUCCGCCGUCUUAUGGCGAAGUCCCGCUUUCACCUCCAGAUUACCAACAUUUUGCAUAAGCACAUCUUUGCGAACAUUUGAGAUUGAGUU